AUCCUCUUGUGCUCAAAGAAAGCAGUGUAAAGAAAUCACAUAUUAAUGACAUAGUAGUGAUGCCACAUAAUGAAGUACAUGUAGAUGCGGGUUUACAGAAGAACUUGAGAAAUAAAUUGCUAAAACCGGCAGAGGGUGAUAAACAGAAGAACAGUGUUGAAAAUUCUGAUAAACAUGGCAAUACUUUCAGCAAAACGAAACCAGAUAUUAUUCCAAAUCCAAGUGAACUUAAAGCUCAGGACCCAGCAGAGGAGGCAUUACCACAGUCUACAAGUGUGCAGGUGAGGAGGUCAGGAGGGCAUCAUAAGGUUAUGGCCCUAGAUGUUACAGACAGCCCCAGAGAUCCCAGGGCGGUGGGACAGUUUGGACAGCCUGCAAGAGUUCCCAGAGAUAAAGAAUUAGAGAGUCGAAGACGUUGGAGUGAAGGAUUUUUUAAUGUAUUCCUGAGUGAACAGAUACCGAUAGACAGAGCCAUCCCAGACACCAGACCUCAAAUAUGUUCAGAAAACCUUGUUCAUGAUGACUUGCCCAAUACUAGUGUGAUCUUCUGUUUUGUGGACGAGGUUUGGUCCACUCUGCUGCGCUCGGUGCACAGUGUGCUCAACAGAUCUCCUCCACACCUCCUCAAAGAGAUCAUUCUGGUGGACGACUCCAGCACCAAAGACUACCUGAAGGAACAGUUAGACAUUUAUAUGUCUCAGUUCCCUAAAGUACGAAUCAUCCGUCUGAAAGAGAGACAAGGUCUAAUCAGAGCCAGAAUCGCAGGGGCUUCUGUUGCAACAGGUGAAGUCUUGACAUUCCUGGACUCUCACAUUGAGUGUAACGUGGGGUGGCUGGAGCCGCUGUUAGAAAGAGUUUACCUGGACCGCAAAAAAGUGGUCUGUCCUGUUAUUGAGGUCAUCAGUGAUAAGGACAUGAGUUACAUGCUUGUUGAUAGUUUCCAAAGAGGCAUUUUCAGAUGGCCACUGGUGUUUGGCUGGAGUGCCCUACCAGAGGAAUAUAUUAGAAAGAACCAGAUCAAGGAUUCAGACCCCAUCAGGUGUCCUGUUAUGGCAGGGGGUCUUUUCUCUAUAGACAAGAGCUAUUUCUAUGAACUGGGGGCAUAUGAUCCAGGCCUGGAUGUCUGGGGUGGGGAAAAUAUGGAAAUCUCUUUCAAGAUCUGGAUGUGUGGAGGUGAGAUUGAAAUCAUCCCCUGUUCACGUGUCGGCCACAUUUUCCGUGGUGAUAACCCUUACAAGUUCCCUAAAGAUCGGGUGAAGACAGUCGAGAGAAACUUGGCCAGGGUUGCAGAAGUGUGGCUGGAUGACUAUAAAGAGCUGUUUUAUGGCCAUGGCUACCACCAUCUGCUGGACAAAAGUAUGACUGAUAUAGGAAAUCUGACAGAACAGAUUGAACUGAGAAAAAAACUAAAGUGUAAAAGCUUUAAAUGGUACUUGGAGAAUGUCUACCCAGACUUAGACGCCCCUCUGGUCAAAGCAGAAGGACUGAUUUUCAAUGUUGGAACCAGAAAAUGUUUGGUAUUUCAAAAUGACAUUUUAUUUUUUGAUAAAUGUGAUCUCACAAAUAAGAGUCAACACUUCAGCUACACUUGGUUAAGGUUGCUUCGUCAGAACACUUCCUGCUUGGCUCCUCUGGAAAAACAGAUUAUCAUGGAACCAUGUGACAACACAAAGCCACAUCUCCGCUGGAUGCACAAGUCUCGUAAAGGUUUGGCGGAGAAUGUGAUGAUCGAGGGUCAUUCCCAACCCAUUUGCCUGGAAGCUGGAGUGAAAGCUGACAGCAUCUUCCUCAAAGACUGUGAUCCUAUCAGUACUUUUCAGAAAUGGCAGUUUACACACUACAACGCUGAAUGAAAUGUUCCAGAAUAUCGCUCACAUAUUGUCCAUAAUAGCAUUGACAUCUGUGCAUGCGUUUUUUAAUAGCUUAUAGGUGGUUUGAUGAGAGUCCACUUAAUGCACUGUGUAUGCUACAUAUGGUUUUUGACACUCUGAAUCAUUAGGGUUUGAGGUUCAG